AACAGCGAAGAUAAAGAGGACGAGAAAACGGCGAAUACCGCUCACGCCGAAGCAGAAGAGUCACCGACGUAUGCUGGGUGUGUUACAUUGUGGUCCAAUUUAGGAGCGGUGAAAAGCUGCCCAAACUCGCGGCGACACGCCACGGCACGAUACGACACGACACAACACGCCACGGAUACGACACGGCCAUUUUGGACACGUAUUGAACGUGAAAUGAACGCAAACCGAAACAACGCUGUACGUGACGCUCGUGCGAGAGAAACGAAACUUGGGAUCAAAGGAGCAUUGCUCAACGUUCGUUUUGUAUCCGGAGCAGAAUUUCAGAACCGCCAACAUCCUGCGGCCGCGGCCGCGGCCGCGCGUUACGGGACCCUGCGUGCUCGCCGCAGGCCGUGUCCCCGAGCCGGAGGCGCGAGGCGGACGCACGAAUCGGAGGAUCGGUUGCAGUUUAGUAUUUUGAACUCCGAUAGAGAGACGAAGGGACGAGGGGGACCGUGUGACGAGGAGACGCAGCCGUUAUCGUCACGAAACGUCGGUGAUGGAGCAGCGUUUACGGCCCGGUCAGCAGCCGGGAACCAAUGGCAAUGGAAAGAGGAAGGAAAGCCAUUAGGGGGAGAAACAGAAGGAGAAAGAGAGAGAAUAGAAAAGAGACCACAAGAGAGUUAUCUGACAUAUUUUCUUUCAUACGUCGCGCACCGUGCGAAGCGGUUAAGCAAAGGUCAAAAGUUGAGCAAUCGGUCCGCUCUUAUCGGUGCAAACACCGCCUGCUGGCGUGUGCAGCGCGAUGGAGAGACGACUAAGGAGAGAGAAAGACUGCGAGGAGGGGGAGGGAGGUUGAUGAAUCUUCCGCUUGUAGUGUCUAUUGCUGCCGCUGCUGUGUGAAACUCACUCCUCGCGCUUUUCGACCCUUCCUCCUCCGUUCGAGUCUCGAGAGAGGUGAGAUGAGGGACCUCUCGCUUGCGCCUCGAAACUUCCGCGAUAAUCGGAUAAGCGAUUAAGAAGAAGAGAUAAACGCCAGUGAGGCGACGGCGACACGGGGGGACCAGGUCGGUUAAGCACGAUAGGCGAGGGAGGCAAGAGAGAGAGAGAGAGAGAGAGAGAGAGAGAGAGAGAGAGAGA